UUUCAAUUUAACUGAUUUGAAAACGUUAUUCCCCCGUGGCGGGAAAAUAGAUUUCCGGUGGCGCCAAAAUUACAGAAGAAGAAGAAGAGGAAGGGGGCGCAAAAUCAAACCCUAAGAACAAAUUCCAAAUCUCUAAGCGACGAUGCAAGCAAAGAUCAACUCUUUCUUCAAGCCCUCUUCUUCUUCUUCUCCGUCUCCCAUCGCAAACGUCUCAGCAACACCACCAGACACAGACGAUGAUGAUGGUUUAUCCGUGUGGGAGCAAAAUCGAAACGUCAUCGUCAACACCUACGAGCGUCGAUCCGCCACAGUCAACGAUAGUGAAGUGCUUAAGGGAUGUAUUGGGAAGCCACCGAGGAAAGGAACCUCUUUGGGAUCGAAAAACCUCAGCAAGAAGCGGAGUUAUACACAGUUCCACUUAGAGUUGGGCCAAUCUGAUUUUCUUCUGAGACAUUGCGCAGAGUGUGGAGCUACGUAUGCUCCUGGAGAUGAGUUUGAUGAGAAGAAUCAUCAAAGCUUUCACAAGGACUAUAUGUAUGGUAUCACUUUUAAGGGUUGGCAGAACGAGAGAGUGUUCACAUCGCCUUCUUUCAAUAAGAACCGUAUUGUUAUGGUAGUGUUGGAGAAUGAUUCUCCUGCGCAUAGAAACAAGGUGCAAGAGGUUGUGAAGAUGAUGGAGGUUGAGUUAGGUGAGGGUUGGAUCCUUCACAAACGUUGUAAGGUUUAUCUAUCCGUCUCUUCUCAGAGGAUCAGCGGAUGUUUAGUUGCCGAACCAAUUAAGGAAGCAUUUAAGAUCAAAGCUCCUCCUGAGGAUGAAAGACGAUUUAAGAAAGAGAGCUCUUCUUCGCCUUCAGCCUCCAUUCAGUUCGGAAACAUUGUGUUGCAAAGACAAGUAUCUAAGAGAUGUCGAGAAUCAGAUGGCAAAUUAGACAAUGAAGCCAUUGUAUGUGAAGAGGAAGCUAAACCGGCUGUUUGUGGGAUCAGAGCAAUAUGGGUUUCGCCUUCUAACAGAAGAAAAGGCUUAGCUACACGGUUACUCGAUACAGCGAGGGAGAGCUUCAGCAGUGGGUGUCUUUUGGAGAAGUCUCAGUUGGCGUUUUCAGAACCAAGCUCGUUGGGAAGAGUUUUUGGAUCAAAUUAUUUUGGAACUUGUUCACUCUUAGUUUACAAAGCUCAAGUAGAAAGGCUCGAUUAAAACAUCCCAAUAUUAGUUUUUGCUUAUGUGCCUAAUUAAAAAAGCACAUCAAACGUUAAGAGUCAGGUGCAUUUAAAGCUACCUAGCUUAACUAUUUAAUUAAAUCAAUCAAAAAUCAAAAUAAAAACAGAUUUUUAACAUA